CUACAUUCCCUAUAGGGCAAUUGAUGUGGGAAGUGUCAAUGGAAUCGUAGUAGGUAGUCAAAAGUUUUGUGGUUUUGUUUUUUUUCUUACUCAAAGACCAAAAAUAAGCCCUCUUUGCCGCAUAAUUCCAUCGGUUGCUGAAGGUAGCAGUAGCAGUGACUGAAUAAUGGGUAAGGAGCCUGGUCCAGUCCAGAUCGUGACUGUGAGCAAGGAUGAUCACUCCUACUCCCUUGACACGGCGGCGCUGGAACGGAUCCUGCUCGCUCCGGAGCUGCGAGAAAAGCACGUCGUGGUACUUUCUGUAGCUGGGGCCUUCCGGAAGGGCAAAAGCUUCAUCCUUGACUUCAUGAUCAGAUACAUGUACAGAAAGUCUGAACAUGACUGGCUGGGUGGGGAGAAUGAGCCGCUGACGGGCUUCUCCUGGAGGGGGGGCUCGGAGCCUGAGACCACGGGCAUCCAACUGUGGAGCGAGGUCUUCCUGGUGACUAAGAGCGAUGACACUGAGGUGGCAGUAUUGCUAAUGGACACCCAGGGAGCUUUUGAUACACAGUCCACCGUCAAAGACUGCGCCACUAUUUUUGCCCUGAGCACCAUGACCAGCUCCAUACAGAUCUAUAACCUGUCUCAGAACAUCCAAGAGGACGACCUGCAGCAGCUCCAACUGUUCACAGAGUAUGGCCGACUCGCAAUGGACGAGAUCUUCCUGAAGCCCUUUCAGUCACUGAUGUUCCUCAUCCGAGAUUGGAGCUUUCCAUAUGAGUACGGUUACGGGUUCAAAGGUGGCAACCAAUUCCUAGACAAACGCUUGCAGGUAAAAGAGGCUCAGCACGAGGAGCUGCAGACUGUGAGGGAGCACAUCUACUCCUGCUUUAACUCCAUUUCCUGUUUCCUGCUGCCACACCCGGGGUUAAAGGUCGCCACCAGCCCAGCCUUCAAUGGCCAGCUCAAGGAUGUGGCUGGAGAGUUCAAGGACGAGCUGCGCCAGCUGAUUCCCAAACUUCUGCACCCCGACAGAAUGGCCGAGAAGGAGAUCAACGGCAACAAGGUCACCUGCAGGGGCCUGGUGGAGUACUUCAAGGCAUACAUCAAGAUCUACCAGGGAGAAGACCUACCCCAUCCCAAGUCAAUGCUACAGGCCACAGCAGAGGCCAACAACCUGGCAGCUGUGGCUGCAGCCAAAGACCUGUACUACAAGAACAUGGAGAAGGUUUGUGGGGGAGACUUGCCCUACGUCUCCCCAGAUUCCCUCGAGGAAAAACAAGAAUUCUUCCGUCGUGAAUCCCUUCAUCUCUUCGUCUCCACCAAAAAAAUGGGAGGACAGGACUUUUGUGACCGCUACCAGUCCCAGCUGGAAGAUGAGCUUGGUGUGUUGUGGCAGUCUUUCAGUAAACACAAUGAGUCCAAGAACAUCUUCAGUGCAUUCCGGACACCUGCAGUGCUUUUUGUCCUCGUGUGCUUCCUGUACGUGCUGUCGGGGAUGCUGCUCUUCGUUGGGCUAGUCACGGUGUCCUCAGCGUGCGACAUCAUGUUGCUCCUGGCCAUGAUCGCCAUGCUCACCUGGGCCUUCAUCCGCUACUCGGGCAAAUACCGGGGGGUGGGCACUACCAUAGACCAAGCAGCUGGCGUGGUGCUGGAGCAGGCCACAGUGGUGCUAAACAUGUCAAGAGGAGCAGCAGUUCCCCAACCGAAGAAGACCAGAUAGCUUCUCAGCCCCCAGGAACAAGACGAGAAAUCCUACAAUGCAUAGUAGAGAUGCAGUGCGACACUGGUCCAACAUUCCAACUUAAUCACACGUGCAAGAAUUGUAAACGUAAUGCCACGUCAACAAAUUCACCAGCACACUGCUUUUUUAAAUAAUCAUAAAAGCGCUAUAGUACACAAUGUUACAAUGACACAACAUUAAUGAGAAGAGCACCAUGGAGUGCAAACCAGCUUUAAUCUUCGAGGUUGGGUGUGACCUCUGCUUCCCCCCCCCCCCACCAUGAACUUGCUCCAGUAUAAUUACUGCCCCCAUUCACAUUGUGCCUCUAGAGCUCCCUCUGUUUUAAACAGCUGUGAGGACUCUGAUCAAGCCCACAUAAUGAGUUAAAUUUGAAACUUUGAUCGACUAGUAAGAUCCAUCUCCCGAGUGUGUGCUUAGUUACUUAACAAAACCCUUCCCCUGGAUUUUUAUUCAUGUGCAUUUGCUUUUUUUCCCACAAAAAAAUGAAAAGUCAAGCUCAUUGAUUCGUUUUGCUCAUGUCAGAGGGCAAUACUAAUUUUCUUAAUUGGCAUACCUUAUGUCCCCAGGAUAUGUCAACGCCCUUUCUCCAUUUACUCUGCUGUGCCUUAUAUGUAUCUACAUAAACUUAGUUAUCAUAAAUGCCUCAGGGGUGCUCUAGGGUGCAGUGGGCUUUUGUUAUGUAUCGACAUACCAUUUAACAAUGCCGUGUUAUUAUGUAUUAUAUCAUUUAUGGUGCUUGACUUUCCUCUUCUGACUGUCACCUUUAUAUUAUAUCUUCUGUUGUGUCAAGAAUGUUUUUUUUAUUAUUCAUUUGCUGAACAUCACUGCUAAGCAUUAAAACCCCUUGUCUCAUUGACUUCCAUCCAUCCCAUCCUGGUGACUACAUUAAUAUCUUUUUCCUGAUUGAUGCUUCCUCCUGUCUUACUGUUUUCCCAAAGGAAUAUCCUGCAUUGUGUUUAGAGAUUUCACCUAUCCAGUAAUAUUCCAUGUAUUGUAACACUAAUUCCAGUUUCAGUUCUGCUCUAUUGCUAUUGCGUAGAGUGUCCUGAAACAACCUAUUCAGGCAAAAAACAAACAAACAAAAAAAAAUGGUUUGGUCUGUAAAAUGCUUCAUAAUAAAACUACUCUUCUAUUAUCAGUCACGGAGAGAUGGCGGUUCAAAGGUCAUUUUUACCUGUCCCGUGGUGUCUUUAUGGGGUUGUCUUAAAUUUAUAAAUUAGUUCUGUUUUUUCAGGAUGUUCUUUAAUGGUGGCAAGUCCAGUUCUUCUCUUUGCAAUAUUGCCUCACAUGUCACAUUCCAUGCUGAAUUGUAUUCCAUUGUAUUGUGUGUAGAAGUGCCUGCUUAAAACAGAAUGUGUUAGACAUAAAUGUGGAGUUUAUGUUCUGUACAUUUAUUGCACUUGUUUCUCUCCACUGUUACAUUGCAAGCACACUCAUCAUUCCAGCAAUAAAAUAUAUAUUGUAUGCUUUAAAUGUAUGUCCGCAUUGUUUACUUUAAUUCUGUUGUAUAUCUUUGUGUACUGGACAUAUAUUACUGAAACAAGAAAAAGGCUUUUAAACCAAAUAAAAAGAAAAAGUUGGAAAUAA